UUGACUCGAGCUGUGUGUUUGGCCAAAUGAAGUCCUUGGAGUCCGAGAAAUUGUGAUACAGCUGGUUCCGGACAGCCCCCAAUUUCCAUUCACUGUCAAUGUCAACAACGAAAGCUCGACGUACGGAAAACCAACUGAACCAUUUGUCAUGGACUUUGACGAGGAGUCAAUUCAUCAUGGAUUCGGUCAGCAUAUGGCCGCGUACAAUAUGGAGACCUCGGCGGUGCACAGGAAGCUGCAGAGCAAGGUGGAGGCUCUGAGGAUUCUGCGCCAGGAGCUGGAGCAGUUCCGCGUGGAACGGGACCAGUACAAGCUGGUGGCGGAGACCCUGCAGCUGCGUUACUCGGCGCUCAAGAGUAAUAGUGAACUUCUGGCCGUCGGUGGAUGUGGAGCACUCAGUGAGAACUCCAGCCUGGCUGCCCUGCUCCACGAGACGCGGGAGCAGAACCUCAAGCUCAGUACCGAGGUGGAGGCAUUGAGGCAGAGGCUCAACGAACUCCAGGGCGACAUGGAACUUAUCCGUGAGACGGAGGCCAGCAACAAAUCUCGCGUACAGGCGAUGACCAGCGAGAAUGCCGCCUGCAACAAGGAUGAGCUGCAGUGGCGACGGGAGCGGGCCAAUUUCAUUUGCCAUUUGGAGGGACUUAAGAAGCGGAAUGCCCAGCUCGCCUUCGAUCUAAAGGCGGUCAUCGAUGAGAAGGAGGAGCUGAUCACCGAGAGGGAUGCCUACAAGUGCAAGGCACAUCGCCUCAAUCACGAGCUAUUUGUGGCCCUCAGGGCCAAGAAAACGCACCCGAGACUUUUGGACAUCGAUGGUGUGUUGCUAGAGAACAAGUACCUGCAUGAACGUGUUAAGAUCCAAGAUAGCGAACUGGAACUGACCAAACAGAGCAUUACGAAGUACAAGGCCAUGUUAGAUCCGAAACGAAAAAAGGGGAUUGUUAAACUUGGAGGUGGCGGCACAAAUGAAGACACCAUACUUAGCCCCCGACAAGUUAAAUCAAUCCUGGAAAGUGGUAUCGAUCUGCCCCAAAAAACAGAGAGCUUAAGCGACCUAAAAUCUUUAUGUCUGGCUUUGCUGGACAACCUGAACGACAAGAACUUGGCACUCUCACAUCAGAAGAAGACUAACAAAAUACUGGCUGGCAAGAUGACCGAGCUAGAGCAGAGAUGGCAGCAGCUCCUUUCGGAAAACGAGGAGAACACAGGGGGUCAGGAGGAGGACGAGGACUACGGCUAUGCACCCUCCCAGCUGCUUCUCAAUGGCUAUUGCGCCGCCAUGGUAGAUGAUGCCGACAUCAGCAGCACUCCGUCCAUUGCUCCAGAUAACGAAGGUGUCGUCAUUACACCGGAUCCUGGAGAUUCUGAGAAGCACAAGUCAGCCGAAGUCCUGCACUCGGACGAUGGAAUGUCGUCGCUUUCGACCGAGUCUGUGGAUUCGUCUGUGUAUGGGGUGGAUGUCCAGCCAGAUGACUUCCAGAAGUCUUCGUCCGCCACAACAGAUUCGGGAAACUGCGGUCUCAGCAGUCGCUGCACCGGCACACCGCGCAUUUCCAGCGCCGUGGCCCGAGAACGGAUGGAGGAUCUGAAGGAUUUGCCCCCUCACCUGGCAACUCUGGUCCAUAAGGCACUCCACGAACUGGACAUGCGGGACUACGAGGCUAUGGUGACGAUACGGGCCGAGAAUCUGGCUGCUAUUCCUUAGAAAAAUACUAGUUCAAUUGAGGACUCCCAAAGAAAUAGAUGGAAUCAUAUCGCAGUGUUGACAAAAGAUAUAAAAUAUGUAUAUUAUCGCAACAGCGUACAAUAAAAACAGGUUAUAUGACAGGAUAAA